AUGGCCCCAUCCCCGCUCACUGCAAGCCCUCACCUCCAGGCUCACCUCAAAGCCCUACACUCUCAAUCCUCCGUUCAAGAAUCAGGUUUGGACUGGGCCAGCCUCCCCAAGCAAUGCACCGAUGCCUUCGACGAUAUCAUGCGCGACAAGUUCAUCGCCUUGGAUCAGGAUAAGUGCGAAUUGAUCUACCAUGUUCUGCGCAGCAUCAAUGCCAAGACAGUCGUCGAGGCUGGAACUAGCUUCGGUGUAAGCACCAUCUACCUUGCUCUCGCGGUUGCUCAGAAUGUAGCCCGCGAUUCUCAGUCUCAGGCACAACAGGGAAGAGUAAUUGCCACAGAGAAAGAACCAUCAAAGGCGAGUAUUGCACGGGAGAACUGGGAGCGCGCUGGAGAUGAGAUCCAGGGCGUGAUUGAUCUGAGGGUUGGCGAUUUGCGAGAGACUUUAGAGAAGGACUUGGGAACUGUGGAUUUCCUCCUCUUGGAUAUUUGGACACCGCUGGCCCUACCUGCGGUCAAGCUUGUCAAGCCAUAUCUCAGGCCUGGUGCCGUGAUCAUGGCAGAUAACACGCUCAAGGCGGAUGUUGGUUAUGAAGAUCUUUUGGACUAUCUGGAUGCACCGGAUAGUGGGUUCCGUCGAGUUACUCUGCCUUAUACCGGUGGCCUGGAUAUGAUUAUAUACCAGUAA